UGCUGUUGCGCUCUCGUCCCAUGCAGGGGGUCGUCCGCUUUGGGAUGUCAUCGAUCGAAGAUCACAUUUCAAGCUCGGGACAACAUAACUGUCGCUCUGAAUUCGACAUAUCACCAGCGCAUGGGCAUUCUCCACAAAGCCACUUUGCACCCGCCCUUGACCCGAACACGCGACAGCCACACGUUUGGUCUCGGUGCGAAACCGGGCAGCGGCGCAUCCUACACGCAUCGCUGCCUGCCGCUUUCGACAUGUUCCUCCUUCCCCUGACCUAAACAACCGCUGCUUCAAUACGUCGGGAAUGACCGCCGGGAAUGAUCGCGGCGCGAACAUGGCACUCGAUCCUCUCCUGCCCGUCGCCCCCGCGAGGGUCAAGGCACUUGUACUGCCCGUCGGCCGCAUCAAGCGGGAGCGCUUCACCGCCUUCGUUGAUCGCCUCAAUUACGAGAAUGUCGUCUUCCUGCGAGACGUGACGCCCGAUGCGCGACCACACAGGAACAUGUUCUCGCCCCUGGCAUUCCCCGACGGCGCCAUGUUCUACGACCUCAUGAUGCACCACCCGCCCCCGUCCCACCUCGCCCUGUCACCGUUUGAACUGUUCCGCGAGCCGCUCGCCGUCAUUGCCGUGGCGGACGGCGCCGAAUUGCCCAAGGCUGUGUUCAGCAAGAGACUCUCGGGCGGCAGGACUGUCGAGGAGGCAAACAUUCGGGCGCUUUACCAGGACCUCGAGGAUCUGAGGGACCGCUAUCCCAAGGUUCUGGCUCACCAUGUGCUCGUCUUUGACUAUCUGCCGGCCAAGGAGGAUCCCGUGCCAAUACCCGAGGGCAUCAUUACCAUACCACCCGCCGAACAGCUCAAGCGGACCACCAUCAAGACCGUCAUGUGUGACAUUUCGUCCCUGAUCCUGGCCGAGAUGACCACCCUGGCCAAGUCGUACGAGGGCAUGUCGUUCAUCGACUCGCCAGGGAAUCCUUCUUCGCGUCCGAUGAAUGCCAUGGACGAACCGGCCGCGUUGGCCAGGAGGAACUCGCAGUUUUCGAUACCAGUGAAUCCGUCGACCUCUACAAGCGGACUCCCGGACAGGAAUCGGGUGCGCAUGUCCAUGCCGCCCGUCCCCUCCAAGGGGCAGGCAUUCAGCUCGAGCAGUUCCACCCCUGCCAGGCCGUCCACCCCUGUGGGCAGCAACAAGGCUCUCCCGUCGCCGCCUUCGACCUUUGACAGCAUCAUUGGCACCAUGGAGCCCACAAGCCCCGAGCAGAAGGGCCUUUCAAGGGCCGAUACAUCCGAGGGUUUUCGAACCCAAAGCCAAGACCGAGUCUCGGUGCACGGAUACGGGCCCGGCGGUCUGAACGAUAGAUGGAGAAGCAAGGGCAAGUGUCGUGUCCAGAUUGUGGUCGGGUCGCUCUAUCUCCAAGCUGGCCUGUGGAACAACGCGCUUAAGGAGCUCACUGAGGCGGCCGCGGUGGCCAAGUCGAUCAACGAUCAUGUCUGGCACGGCAAAGCUCUGGAGCUUAUCCUCAUCACCCUCUUGCUGCUCGGCUGGGCGGGUAUUGAGUUUCAUGUACCGAGCAUCCUGCUCCCGCCGCACGAAAAGGCAGCUGGCGACGCUAUGGCGAUCCAAGAUGCCGAAGCGAAGGACCUGAAUCAGCCCCGCUGGCUGCGGAAUCUCCAGGUGCACCUGCCCAACCUGUUGGACCGUAUCAUUGGGCUGUACUCGAGGAUAUCGGCCGAGUUACCGCCUCUUCCGUAUUCCGAAGCCGUCAUCCGCUUUUCCAGGAUACUUUCGGCCGUUCACACGGCUAAUGGCAAGCUCUGCCGGGAGUCGUUUGACAUGAUUGUGUUUGGUGUUCCUCCCAAGAUACCUUUGACCACGUCACCGCGGUUCACCAUCCAACCUGCGCGGCCACAGAUCUUGGCCACGCUGUUCAAGGCGUUUCCGGCGUCCUCGUCGGAGCUCCUUACCACCGCAGACCGUGCCGUGAUCCUCAGCGGGAUAGCGUCCCUGCUUGGCCACCUCGGGUUUCAGCGGAAGAAGGCGAUGGUGGUUAGGGAACUGGUUUCGGUCCUGGUCGGUGGUCUGGUUGAGGCGCGCACAAGGGGCGCCGCUGAUGUGGGCAUUCACCCUGCGGCGGGCCUGGUCGGGCUCAACGGCGCCAGUGGGCGGGACGGGGUUGCUGGUGCCCUGGAGCUCACAGAAGGCGACAUCGAGCACGGCAUCGAGGCCUUUUUGGGGCUCUUGCUCAAGACGUAUGGGGUUGUCGAGGGCAGCGCCUUGGGAGAAGAUGACGGCUCUGAUGCGGCUGUUGUAUCACGCAUCCGGAGGCAGUCGGCUGCGAGGUUUUUUGGCAUACAAGGCGUCAAACUUAACAUCCUGAGGCUCUGCAUAAACUUCUCGGAGGCGCUGCCAGAUUUUGCUGGCGUACUGAAAUACUCAAGUGACCUGCUGCGCACUGCUGGCAGUGGCAUAGCCCCUGGGCCGCGGCGUGAGAACGCAUACCCCUCCAUAACCAGGGAGGAGCAAGUCCGACUGGUCACGAACAUUCUCAAGACGUCCAGUCUCUCCAAACGCCUGGGCAUUGGAUCUUUGACGGCAGAGUACUGGGAUGAGUUUCUGGUCCGGGGCAUCACGCUGGAGCCAUUACCACCGCCGAGGAUGCCCGUCCCCCAUGCGAGAACCGUGCUCCCGGGCAUAACCGCGGCGCGGAGCUCGCAGGAUGUUGACCCGUUCAUUUAUAACCCGUUCUUGAAGCGUCCCGACACAGCAACGGUCGAUCGCACAUUGGUGGCUGGUGAGCCGGCAAGAUUCAGACUAACUCUCCAAAACCCGUACGAGAUUGAGGUUGAGUUGGAGAGCAUCCGGCUCGACACGGAAGGGGCCGAGUUCGAGUCCGCGGUAGAGAGCACCGCCAUCGGACCGUAUCGCACACAGAUAAUGAGGAUAUCCGGCACGCCAAAGAGCGCGGGCACGGUAAAGGUGACCGGCGCGCUGAUCAAAGUGCGCGGAUGCCGGGAGAGGAGGUUCCCCAUCUUCGCGGAUCCAUGGGCCCCUGAGGAUGAGGUCAAGAUCAAGGCAAUCGGGCUUGGUGCCCUUCAUGUGAAUGCUGCGGCCGUGUCCCCGGCUCUUCAGCGGCUCAAGCCCGAUAAUAUCGAGCUCAACGUCAUCGCUCAACAGCCAGUCGUCGUAGUGGAGUCGUCGACGCUGCCCCAGUCUUCGGUUAUGAUUCUGGAAGGCGAGCGCCAAUGCUUUUCCGUUACUUUACAGAAUCUGUCGACGACGACCCCGGUGGAUUUCCUCCUCUUCUCGUUCAAGGACUCGACGCAAGGGCCUCUACAGUUGGCGCUCAGCAACCGAGAUGCCACCGCUACAGAGUUGUACGAGUACGAGCUGGUGCUGGCCAAGAAGCAGCCUCUUAGAUUGAGGAACCGUGACGACAGCAAGAGGUUCAUCGCUCCCGGGCAGACGGCGACGUUUGACUUUGAGUUGCUCGGAAGGCCGGGCCUCACCCACGCGAUGAUUCAAGUCGAUUACGCAUACGUCGGCGUGCCCCAUGACGAAAUAGCGGAGAAGUUUUACACACGCCAGGUUUCGAUGGAACUCACCGUUACCGUCAAUGCCAGCGUCGAGGUCACCCGAGUCGACGUUCUCCCCCUCACCAGCAAGAUACCGACACCACUCUGGUCUCGCGUCAGCAACCAACAGGACACAUCCCCCGAACUGACCCCCGACUCACACUGCCUCCUCCUCCUCGACCUACGCAACUCGUGGCCUAGUCGAAUGGCCGUCCAUCUCUCCUCCCCCGACGACGGCGUCCAAGUUGAAGAGCACAUCCUCCCCGGUAACACAUCGCGCGUCGUACUACCCAUCCGGCGCGUUUACCUCGAAGACCCGCACGCCUUCAUCCCCGCCCUCAAUCCGGCCCGCCAGCGCCAGUUCGUCGUCAGCACAAAGAUCUCCCCGGAGGUCGAGCGCGCCAACCGCGAAGCCUUCUGGUACCGCGAAAAGGUGCUCGACACGCUCCGCGCCUCCUGGCAGACCGCCUCCUCCCCGGGUCACGGCGGCGGCGGCUUGCGGGGCGAGAUCGAGCUCCGCGCCGUGCGCUUCACGGCGCGCAUGAUCGAGGCCAUCAAGAUCGACGAGGUCGACGUAGACAUGGCCGUCGUCGACCCCUCCACGGGCCGUCCCCUGCCCAGCCGCGACGACGGGAGCAGUGGAUCGGCGAGGUAUGUCGUCCCCGUCGACGACUUUUUGACGCUGCGCGUGCGCAUCACCAACCGCUCGGCCCGCCCCGUCUACCCGCUCCUCCGGCUCACGCCGACGCUGUGCCACCGCCCGUUCAACGUGUCGCUCGACUUUACGCGCAAGAUGGCCAAGUUUUCAUGGAACGGGAACCUGCAGCAGGCGCUGCCUCUGCUGGAGGGCGGCGGGAGGAGCGUGGAGGUGAGCAUGGGCGUCACGGCGCUGUGCCGCGGCGAGUUUGAGAUCCUGGGGAGUGUGGAGGAGGCGAGGCUUUGGGUGGAUCCGGAGGAAAAGGCGGGGGAAAGGGAGGAGGAGAAGAAGGGCGGCAAGUCGGAGGCGGAGGCGCAGGUUAUGAUCCUUGGGGCUGCGCUGGGGAAGAGGGAGAGGAGGGUGUGGCAUGCUAGAAGGCGGUGUAGGUUGGUUGUCAGGGAUCCGGAUUAGCGGGGGCUGUAGAAGGGGGUUUUGGUAUACAUAGAAUGGGGUUUGUAUCUCAAUUUGAG